AUGCCAGAAUUCGAUGAGAAAACAGAUGAUCCAGAUCAGCAUGUGUUACAAUAUGAAACUUCUAUGAUCCUAUGGCAGCACGGUGAUGAGUUGAUGUGUAAAAUGUUUCCACAGUCUCUGGAUGGAGGAGCAAUAAAAUGGUUCAACAACCUCCCUGCACAGUCGAUCGGUACUUACCAUGAAUUGGUUGGAGAAUUCUGCGCCCACUACAGGUACAACAGACGCGAUCGGAAGGAAUGCCACGAUUUGUUCCUUCUAGAAAUUCGUAAGGAUGAAAGCAUCAGACAGUUUACUCGACGCUUCAAGCAAGAGUUAGCAGAUGUGGAUGGUGCCAACGAUCAAAGCGUCAUCGAAGAUUAUAAACAGGCGUACCAGUACGAUCAAAGAGGUAUAUACGGUUCAUUGGUCAAGAGACCACCAAAGACUCUGGAAGGACUGUAUAAUCGAGUGGAAGAAUACGCUCGAGUGGAGGAUGAUUCCAAAGCUCGAGAGACGAGAUAUGUUCACAGAUCAUCCAAUCAUCUCAAUGAUGGGAGGAAAGACAAGUCGAAGAACCGUUCGAACGCCCAACACAAUGAUCGAGGUGAAGUCCGGGAGAAUUACCAAAGUGAACGAAUGGAAGCUGGAUACCAGAAAUAUCAUGAUAUGAAGCUGACUCCGUUGAACAUACAGCUUGCAGAGUUGUAUGAGAAAAUCAGCAAGGAUUUGAUCCCCCCUCGUCCUUUGAGACACGUGAUAAGAGCAAAUACUGCAAGUUCCAUAAAGACCAUGGUCACAAGACCGAGAAUUGCCGCGCUUUACAAAUCGAGGUCCAGCGAAUGA